AGUUAUUACUCGCUUUCAACCGAAACCUUGCGCCACGACGCGCCUGUGCUGACCUCCUCUCCGGCCUCCUUGCCAUGCUCCCCAUCAAGCUCACCUUUCCCGACGAGCCGAUCCUUGGUGUGAAUAACGGGGAGGGCGCGGGCGUGCACCGGUGCCGGUCUCCGCGCGCGCUUCUGUUCGGCCGCGCGUCGCCAUCAUCUAGCUGCUCGGGCUUCACCACGUUUCCUGACUCCGUCCCGUGCGAGUCGAGCCGGCGAGAUCCAGACAUGGCCGCUGGGAUCCAGCUCGCCGACGCGCUCCUUUUCCCUUCCCGAGCCCGGUGAGGAAGGAUGCGGGCGGCCAUCCCUCCCCACUGGGUGGUCGACGAACGAGGUGCACGUCAGGCGGCAGCACCAGGCGGCAGACUACGGGGAGCUCGGGGCCGGCGCCGGCGCAGGUUUCUACGAGAGCGAAGCGGGCGGGUCGUCCGAGAGCCCGAGCCCGAGCCGCUCGCGGCGGGAGACCGCCCGCGCGGGGGAUCCGGCAGCAAGCGGACCCGAGCAGCACGCGGUGGGAGACCGCCCGCGCGGGGGAUCCAGCAGCAAGCGAACCCAUGCCUUCGAGUGAACAAACUCUCCGAGAAGAGGAGGAGGAGCAGGACCAACGAGAAGAUGAAGGCGUUGCAGAGCCUGAUACCCAAUUCCAACAAGACUGACAAGGCGUCGAUGCUUGACGAGCAUAAAAGAAGUGCAGGUGAUUUCUUUGAUGUUCACGAAUUUGCUGUCUUGCUAGUGUGUUGUGCUGCUAGUGCUCGAUUAGUUCCAAUUUACAAUUUAGAGGAACCGGUGGCUCUAAAUCCAACUCUGCAUCUUGUUGUCAUUUUUUUGUCUUCUUCUUCAGAAGUUCAGGUCAUCAGAUGGCUGAGAGUGGCAGCAAUAUACCAGGUGCUGGUCGUAGAUCUACAUGACCUGGAUCUCUGGCUAGGUGUCUAGGAACGUCGACCGUCAUGCCCUCUGGUACGGUGGUGCUGAUCUGAAUGCCCUCUGGUACGGUGGUGCUGAUCUGAAUUAAGUCCGUCUGUCUUCAGAAAUUGUACUUUCAGUUUUACACCAUGGAUUCCCGCAAAAAGAAAAAGUUUUACACCAUGGUGUUUAUUUUCUUGGGAUUUUCCAUGAAGUGUGAGAUCCCAAAAACUUGCUUAACAGUGUCUCUUGUUCUUAAAAUGGAAUAAUCGAAGUGCACACUGGGAUCUCAAGCCUGAACUUGUAUUUCCGUCUUGUUAAAUUUGAUCCGUUAAUACAUAUCUAUGAAUAUGCAACCCUUUUUGGUUCAAUUUGCACUUAUAGUUAUUUUUUAAAGGGGUUAGUUUGAUAGUUGUGUCGUACAGCUGUUUGUCUUAAUGCCUAAAAUAACAUGUUUUUUUGUACUGUACUACAUAUAUAUUUUCUUGCCUACGCUCACUGCUACUGAAAUCUAGCACACAUUUGCAUGGUAUUUAUUCUCUCUUUGCUUUUUAAAUCAGUAUCUACUCUAGCCUGAAGCACCUCAGGCCAUCAAAAGAUUUAUUUAUUCUCUCUUUGCUUUUUAAAUCAGUAUCUACUCUAGCCUGAAGCACCUCAGGCCAUCAAAAGAUUUGAUAAGCUCUAGUUAUAUAGAAGAUUUGGUGAGCUCUAGAUAGUCAAUGACCAAAACACAUUUUGUUCUUCAGCUUGUUCCUAUGCUAACUCAUAAUCAGUUGGCCUACAUCUUUUCUGUUACAUAAGAAACUAAGUAUUAGGUUUUAUUUGUUUUAUCCAUGGGAAAGCUGAAAUUAAUUCAAUGUAUGUUUUUCUCUUAUAUGCAGCGAGAAAAUGGGUGGGAUGAAUCAUGUAGUCGAGGCAGAAUUCCAGGCCAUACUGACCCUCGUUGUAGCAUUCCCAAACAUUUUUUACUACGCCACCACCACCACCAAAUGCGACCUCCGCCGCAAUCGUCAUGGCGGCAAGUAGUUCAGGUUAAUUAAUUAAUUUCUAUGAAUGUAAAGUCGCUAAUUGACUUUUCUCUCCCUAUGUAAGAAGUUUCUAAUGCAAUGCUACAUUAAAUUAGUACUCCCUCCGUUUCUAAAUAUUUGUCUUUCUAGACAUUCAAAUGGAGUACAACAUACGGAUGUAUGUAGACAUAUUUUAGAAUGUAGAUUCACUCAUUUUACUUCGUAUGUAGUCACUUGUCGAAAUCUCUAGAAAGACAAAUAUUUAGGAACGGAGGGAGUAUCUUAUAAUCCCUCAAUUGACCGUGUGACUA